AUGUCAGAUCGUGAAAUCCUACCAACUAAUGUUACUCCAUUACAUUACUAUCUAUCAUUUGAACCUGAUUUUUCUACAUUCAAGUUCAAUGGUAAAACUAGCAUUGAUUUAAAAGUUAACGACAAAACUAAUGACGUUAUUACUUUAAAUGCUGUGGAAUUAGAUAUCCAUGAAGUUACAAUUGAUGGAAAAGAUGAAUCAAUUAAAGCUACUAAAAUUGAAUUCAAUACUGAAAAUCAAACUGUAUCUUUCUCUUUCCCAGAAGGUACUUUAGCUCAAUCUUCUGAAGUAAAAUUAAAUACUAUUUUUACUGGUAUUUUGAAUGAUCAAAUGGCUGGUUUCUAUAGAGCCAAAUAUCAAGAUAAAACUACAGGUGAAACUAAAUAUAUGGCUACUACUCAAAUGGAAGCUACCGAUGCUAGAAGAGCGUUUCCAUGUUUUGACGAACCUAAUUUAAAGGCUAAAUUCACUAUUGAAUUGAUUUCUGAUGUAUCAUUAACACAUUUAUCCAAUAUGGAUGUCAAUGAAGAAAAAAUUAAUGAUAACAAGAAGAUUACUUCAUUCAAUCCAACUCCAGAUAUGUCUACUUAUUUAGUAGCUUUUAUUGUAGCUGAUUUGAAAUAUGUUGAAAAUAAUUCUGGUCGUACUCCAGUUAAAGUCUAUGCUACUCCAGGCGAUGAAGCCAAUGGUCAAUUUGCUGCUGAUUUGGCUUCUAGAACUUUGACUUUCUUUGAAAAGACAUUUAACAUUGAAUAUCCAUUACCAAAGAUGGAUAUGGUUGCUGUACAUGAAUUUUCUGCAGGUGCCAUGGAGAACUGGGGUUUAGUAACUUAUAGAGUAAUUGACGUACUAUUAGAUGAAAAAAAUGCAUCUUUGGAUCGUGUUCAAAGAGUUGCUGAAGUGAUUCAACAUGAAUUGGCUCAUCAAUGGUUUGGUAACUUGGUAACUAUGGACUGGUGGGAAGGUUUAUGGUUAAAUGAAGGUUUUGCCACUUGGAUGUCAUGGUAUUCUUGUAACAAUUUCCAACCAGAAUGGAAAGUUUGGGAACAAUACGUUUCAGACAAUUUGCAACGUGCCAUUGGUUUAGAUUCGUUAAGAUCAUCCCAUCCUAUUGAAGUUCCAGUGAAGAAUGCCGAUGAAAUUAAUCAAAUCUUUGAUGCUAUUUCUUACUCGAAGGGUUCUUCUUUGUUGAGAAUGGUUUCUAAAUGGUUAGGUGAAGAAACAUUUAUCAAAGGUGUAUCAAAUUAUUUAAAUAAAUUCAAGUAUGGUAAUGCUAAGACCGAAGAUCUAUGGGAUCACCUUGCAGCAGCAUCUGGUAAAGACGUUAAUAAGGUUAUGAAAAUUUGGACUAAGAAAGUUGGUUUCCCAUUGAUUACUGUCAUUGAAAGUAAGAACAAAUUGACAUUUAUUCAACAUCGUUAUUUAAGUACCGGUGAUGUCCAACCAGAAGAAGAUGAAACCAUCUAUCCUGUAUUUUUAUCCAUUAAGACUAAGAAUGGUGUAGACACCUCUUUGGUUCUUGAUGAAAAGAUCAAAUCCUUUGACAUCAAAUAUGGUGAUUUCUAUAAGAUUAACAGUGAUCAAGCAGGUUUAUUUAUCACUGCAUACCCUGCUAAAAGAUGGUCUACGUUUGGUAAGCAAAGAAAAUUGUUUUCUGUCGAAGAUCGUACUGGUCUUGUCGCAGACGCUAAGAAUCUUUCUGCUGCAGGUUAUAUCUCGUCUACUUCUUUCCUAGAUCUGAUUGCUGCUUGGAAGGAUGAAGAUUCAUUCGUUGUAUGGGAACAAAUUUGUAAUAGUUUGAACUCUGUUCGUUCUGCAUGGCUAUUCGCUGACGACAAAGUUCAAGAUUCUAUUGUAAAAUACAUGACUAGUAUCGUUAGUGGCAAGGUGAAAAAGAUGAAGUGGACAUUUGAUUCUGCAGAAUCCUAUGAUGACCAACGUUUGAAGGUUGUACUAUUUAGAACUGCUGCUACAUGUAACCUUGACUCCAUCGUCAAAUUAUCCUUCGACAUGUUUAAAAAGAGAAUUUCUGGUGACAAAGAUGCUAUCCCAGCUUUGAUCAGACCUUAUGUCUUUUCUGUUGUAGCAAAGAAUGGUUCUGUUGAGGAUUACGAAAGUAUUCUAAAAAUUUAUAAGGAGACUGAAAACUCAGAUGAAAAGAUUGCUGCUUUGAGAGUACUAGGUGGUUUCAAGGAUGCUAAUUUGAUCGAAAGAACUCUUGGCUAUGUUAUAGAUGGUACUAUCUUAAACCAAGAUAUAUACAUUCCAUUGGUCUCGAUGAGAGGUCAUAAGGAAGGUGUUUUGGCUAUGUGGGCUUGGUUACAAAAGAACCUUGAUUUAAUUGUUAAGAGAUUACAUCCAAGUUCUCCUUUAUUAGGUCAUGUGCUAAACGUUACUAUCUCUGGUUUCACAUCUUAUCAAGAUAUCAGCAUGGUCAAAGAAUUCUUUGAAUCAAAAGAUACCAAGGGUUAUGACAAGAGUCUGGCACAAGCCAUCGACACAGUUGAAUCUAAGGCCCAAUGGGUAGCAAGAGAUGCUGAAGACGUAGAGAAAUAUUUGAAGGAGAAGAAGUUCUUAGCUUAA